GCGACCUGUGCCCGAAGGCAGGCUAGCCACUGUCCUCAGGCUGGGGUCUGAGACUCCGAGCUUUGAAAGUCGGGGUUGGGGUGGCGGUGUGGAGGGGGCGUGUCUCCGGGAGCGGAAAUGUCAGGCCAGGCUCUCUGGGUCCUACGACCGACCUGUGGGGCGCUGAGAGUCGGGUUGAAGAUGGGGGUGUGCGGGUGUGCGGGGCGGGGAAAGACGGGGUGCGUGGGGAGGUGGGCGGGGAGGCCCAGCGCCGCACGGGCGGGGAGAGGAGAGUCUUCGCCUCUACUUUUAGAUCUCUGCCAUGUAGAGCGUCCCAGGCUGAAUUCUGGGGUCAAUCUGGAGCCAUCCUCUGGCCCAGAUGCUGUACCAGGGUCAGGGAGUGGAGAUGUAUCCUGGCCCAGAAACAGGCUGGGUCACCCUGUGAUUUUCAUCUGGGAAGCCCAAAUGCCCACCGAGGGAGUGAGCAAGCCACUGGCCAGCCACUCUAGGAGUAACAGGACAUGCAGCGUUAGGAAGUGGGGUCAGGAGGAUGAAGGUAGUGGUUCUGUGAGGGCGGGGGGGGGGGGGGGGGGAUGAGGAGAGGUAAGUGGCCUGGAUGGGAGAGUACCUCCCCUGUACCCACCCCCAAGCUUAUAUUUCCUUGGAGUGUAGGAAGGAAUGUGGGAUUCUAGCUUACUGGUCAGAACACCCAAGUUGCUGUGGGUCAGUGUGUUGGGGGCAGGAAGCAGUCUGGGCUGUUUGGUGGGCAAGAUGCUUCCUCCUCUCCCCCCACUUCCCUAUUCUUCCCUAGCUCCACCAGACCAGUGACCAGCCAGUGCAGGAAAAUGGUCCUUUACUCUUUGUCACUAGCUGAGCCCCAGCAUGUCCCAGUUCCCAGCUCUGCUUAUAGUUUGCUAUGGGAAUGCAGGCUCCCCAAGUCCCCUUCCUGGGGCUUAGUUUCCUCAUCUGUGCAAGUGAGUUGGGCCAGUUGAUUUCUCAGGGAUGUUUGUAUCUAAGCUUUACGUAAAGGCUGAGCACUGACUGAGCAAGGGCCUGUCCUAAGUUGUGGGUCAGAUGGGAAAGCAGUGGCCAAAGAGCAGCCUCUCUCCAAGAAGGAGCUCUGCAGCAAAGGAGGCUAUGGAAGGAGGCAGCAUGAGGAUGUAUGGUGGGGCAAGUGGAGGGACUAGCAUGGCAGGAGAGUAGGGGCUGUGCUCAGGGAUCAAGAAAAAGCCCCGGGUGGUUGAUGUAGGAAAGUGGGGUGUGAGGCAGGAAAGGCAGGGUGUUGUUGAAUGUGAAGGUAAGGACCUGCUUGUAACUGUCAGUAGAGGGGGCCAGGAAAAGGUGGAAAGCCCCAGAACACCACCUAAUUGCAGUAUGAGUGAUUUUGGAAGCACCUUCACCAACCAGAGUUUAAGAGAGUCAGCAAGUAAAGUGUAGAAACCUCCUCCUCUUUGCCCACCCUGGGGACUUGUGUGGGUGGGAAGUUAAGUAAGGAGUUGGGAUGAAUGAGAUGACCUUCUGCAUCUUUGUGGUUUCUUUCAAGAGGACAAGAUCCUACCAGAAGGCCUGUCCCUACUCUCCAAACGCCUCUCUUUUUCCUUCACUGCCCCCAUCCUGGCCUGCCUGUUGUGCAUACAGGGAAGGACACUUGUUGCAAACAUCUCCACUAGUUUGAUUUGUUGCUAGAAGUAACUCACCUGCCCCCAUGACUUAUGUGCCAUACCUUUUGGUUAGACUCAAUUUUCACCUGUUUCCCACCCUCCCUUCUCCAAUCCUGUCCCAGACUUAUCAGACAUGUAAGAAGGGAAAAUGCUCCAGUGUCAGAAAGUGAGAGGUCAAGCCCAGGCUUUGUCUGUGGCUAUAAUCAAGGCUCAGUGCAGGGCUGAGGGCUAGACCCUGGGCUCAAACUUACCAGGGCCCAGGUCAGUGUUCAGUCGGCAGCCAGAACUAAGUACUUAGCUUACACUCAGCCUUAGUGCUCGGUCUGUAGCUAAAUCCCAGUCUCAGCAGGUGCCUGAGUCUGCAUUUCCCAGUAGCUCACAGAGGAGACAAGAUAACCACCCUGACAGUCUCUGAAACUUGGCUGCAUAGGAGCCAAAUCCAUGGUGCUACAGGGGUCACCCAGUAAGCCAGUGGUGGUACUAGGACCACAACUCAUGACUUCUUCCUCUUAGAUCACUAACCCCACCCCCAGCCACACACACACACACACACACAUAUAUACACAAGCACACAGUCUCUUCUGAACCUGGGAUCCUUCUGUUCUACAAGGCAAAGCAAAUUUGUCUGAGCUCUAGAUGGGCCCAGCUGGGUAGAAAUGACUGUACUCUACUACCUCCCAGUGCCAGGCUCAUAGUAGGUCCUAUAGGAAUGUCUACUAACUGUCAGGGGCAGGGAGAAGGGACAAUGGCCUGUUCAGGUUUGGGGCAGAAGGAGGCUAGCUUGGGGGAAGGGCUCUCCUGCCAUUGUCAGAGGAAAUAGCACCCUUCCAGGCCUGCCACCCUCCUCCUCCAGCCUGCAGUCAUACUCAGAGGCCUCCCAGCUGGCCCACCUGAGGGCUCUUUCCUCUUUCAGAAUGAAAAAGAAAAAGAAAGGACAUUUUUAGUAGAAAAGUCCCUCUUGCUCCCUGGGAAUCCCCGGUGGCCGGAUGGACUACGGGAUAUCCCAGAGGAAGCCAGGGCCCUCCCUCUGCCCCCAGCACAAUGCAGCUGGGUUCUCCCACGCUGCACCAGCUGGCCUUUGGGGCUCCCAGAGGUCAUCUCAUCCAGGCCCCUAUCUCCUGGGCCUGGAUGGAGCCUGCAGCAAGCUUCUGAGACCACUGAACAGCCAGUCUGAGAAGCACCUAUCUGGAGCCCAGGCCUGAGAUGCAACAGGAAGCGGAGAGCAAACAAGAUGGGAAGGCUGUGUGAGUCUAGCAGGGGAGAUUCAGGUAGCCUGGAAAGCGGCCAGGCACUGGACCUUCGGGGCCAGUGAGGGUUGAGACUCCGGGCAGAACGUGCAGAGGUUGAACUGCAAGGUGAGAGGUAGAAUGUAUUGGGAAGUCAGAGCCCAGCUGAUGAGGCUCUGACAACCAGGUUCCCCAUGCCCUUGUUCCUGGCAUCCUCAGGUCUGAGCCCCUGGACACCAGCCCCAGGCCUGACCUGGCCAUGGCACUGUGCCUAAAGCAGGUGUUCGCCAAGGAUAAGACGUUCCGGCCACGGAAGCGAUUUGAACCAGGCACUCAGCGCUUUGAGUUGUACAAGAAAGCACAGGCCUCGCUGAAGUCUGGCCUGGACCUGCGCAGCGUGGUGAGGCUGCCACCCGGCGAGAACAUCGAUGACUGGAUUGCGGUGCACGUGGUGGACUUCUUCAACCGCAUCAACCUCAUCUACGGCACCAUGGCUGAGCGCUGCAGCGAGACCAGCUGCCCAGUCAUGGCCGGCGGGCCCCGCUACGAGUACCGCUGGCAGGACGAGCGCCAGUACCGGCGGCCAGCCAAGCUCUCGGCGCCGCGCUAUAUGGCAUUGCUCAUGGACUGGAUCGAAAGCCUCAUCAAUGACGAGGAGGUCUUUCCGACGCGUGUUGGAGUUCCCUUCCCCAAAAACUUCCAGCAAGUCUGUACCAAGAUCCUGACCCGCCUCUUCCGAGUCUUUGUCCAUGUCUACAUCCACCACUUCGACAGCAUCCUCAGCAUGGGGGCGGAGGCACAUGUCAACACCUGCUACAAGCACUUCUACUACUUCAUCCGCGAGUUCAGUCUGGUGGACCAAAGGGAGCUGGAGCCACUGAGGGAGAUGACAGAGCGGAUCUGUCACUGAGCCCAGGCCUGAACUUUGUUGCCAGUCAGAUGGACCAUCUGAACACAGGGUGGCUGGGGAGGGAGGCCUCAGGAGUCUGGUGGUAGAAGACUCUGAGGGCCCAGGGACCCCCUCCACACACCCAAAGCCUCUGGACUUCUGGUUCUCAGGAGUCUGCCUACAUGUCCCCCUGACUGCUUGUGAAAGGAGAAAGGGAGGGCUUCCAGUGGGCAAACAGAAGGAAAAGGGAGUUAAACCUCUGGCAUGAAGUGUGGAAGUGGUAUAGGCUAGAGGAUUUCUUCUGUGAUGCCUGACUUUUCUAUGGUGGUUCCCAAGCUUAUUUGCAGAAUAUGGAUAUGGCUGAGGUGAUGGCAAAGAAGGUAUAACUGAGUGACCAGGCUGUAUGUGAAGAGCACAGAUGCCAGGGUGUGUGUGUGUGAGAUUUUGACUGUGGGGUGUGUCUGUGAGAGCAAGCUGCCUUAGACCCUCCAUGGCACAUAGUAGGCCCUGCAUAAACACUGGGCAGAUAGAUGGACAGUUGGAGAGAUAAAGAGAUUGGGACCAUCAGAGCUUGACCACUGUAGGAGGGAUGACAGGUCAGUGUCACCAUUCAGUGUACAUGACUAUGUGUGUAAGUACACAGAUUGUGAUUGUACUUGCGGCUCUAUGUGUGAACCUUCCAGGCUACCAUGUUCCAUCAGCGUGAGUCUUAGGGAAUUGGGGGGAGGUGGGAGGGGGGAACCUUUUCCUGACUUCCUGCAGACACAGGUUCUGAAUUGCUCAGCCAGAGAUGCCCAAGAGCUGUCAUUUCAUUCAUCUCUUUGUCUCUAGGAGGACCUGAUUAUAGACAGCCUCCUGGGGCUUGGGAAUGAUCCCUCAUGUCCACAGAGGUCCCCUGACCCUUAAACUUGGAAUCAUACUCAGUCUAGCACUCAGAAUCUACAGACCUGGCUCCUCCAAUCUGAAGCCCAGCACAAAAUAAUCCUUCAGCUCAAGGACCUACUGGAACUUGACUAGGAGCUUGAGUCUUGUCUCCCAUCUCAGACAUUGAGGAUCACGUAGCUGGUGAAUGGACUCUUCUAGGCUUGCAGAGUGCUUACUUAAAAGUAACUGCCUUGGCCAGGCAUAGUGGCUCACACCUAUAAUCCUAGCACUCUGGGAGACUAAGAGAGACUUGAGCUCAGGAGUUUAAGACCAGCCUGAGCAAGAG